AUGGAGGUUGACGUCUGCUGCGUCGAGGUAUCCAACCUAAGUUACAGCGCCAGCGCCGCAGACGUGCAGGCUGCCUACGCCGCCGCCCUUCUCGCGUUUCCCGGCAGCCGAGUGGAGAAGGCUCCGGGCGCAACCGGCGUUGCGACGGUGCACCUCUCUAGCCGUGCCGCGGCCGACCACUUCGUGCGGGCGGUCGAGGGCGCCAAGCCGCUCUCGCACCAAGGCCGCGGGCUGCGUACGCGCAUCAAGGUGGCGGCUGUGGCGGUAGAGGCUGGGGAGGAGGAGGAGGGCGUUGGAGGCGUGCGGCAGUGGCCGUUUGAGGACCCGACGGCGCUGCUACCGGCGGACCAGGAGGCCCUCAACGAGCAGGCCUCCUUUCCGAGCUCGCACUGCCGCGACAUCGGCCUCCUCCUCGAGAAGAUCCCCUCCGGCCCGGUGCGGGAGGCGGUGCAGUUUGCAAUCGAGGAGAAGGGGCAGGAGGGCUACCACCUCAAGGAAAUCUACCUCGUGGUGGGCCGCCGGCUCGAGCUCGUCUUCCAGCCUCCCGCGGGCGCGAAGCGGCGCAAGAACUUCGCCAUGCGCUCGAACGAGCUCGUGGACCACCUCUCCGCCUUCGUGCCGCUCUUCCGCGGCACGCUGCACCGCAUCUCCCGCAUCGUGCACGCCGUCACCAACCCCGACGGCCUCGGCAUGAUCGGGCUGGUCGCGCGAAUCGGCCGCACGCUGCAGGGGCACGUCGCCCCGAUGCUGGGCGGCGAGGGCGGCUGCGACGUGCGGCAGCUUGACCGGCGGGGCGGGCAGGCGGCGGCGAUGAUUGAGGCGCGGAACGCGACGGUCAUGAUCGAGGCGAUCGAGAACCAGUCGCCGGACGUGGUUGUGGUGGACGAGCUUUCGACGCGAGAAGAGUGCCAGGCGGCACGCACCAUCGUCGGGCGGGGCGCGGCGGUGGUCGCGUCGGUGGUGCGCGACCCCGAGAGGAACAUCAUCACGGGCUCGAUCACCUCGGCCAAGGAGCGCGCCGACAAGCUCCGGCAGGUGGAGCGUCGGAUGGGCGCGCCUGUCUUCGGCGCCGCCGUCGAGCUCCGCGGGUUUGGCGAGUGGGUGCUCCACGAGGACAUCGAGCACACGGUGGACGCGCUGCUCGACGGGCGGCCGUGCCGCGCGAGCCGCCGGACGCGGACAAGCGGUGCGGGCGGCGAGGCGGUGACAUCGGAGCCUCUGAUUGGCGUGCACCAGAGGCCGGACGGUUUUGCGUAUGUCAAGCCGGCGCCGGGCGCACGGCAGACUUUCUCGUUUGGCGGCGCGAACGGCGGCGCGAGCGGCGGCGCGAACGGCGGCAGCGCGGGCAAGCUCGACUUUCACCAAAAGAACGAGCAGGGGCAGCCGGUGUGGAGGGAGCUGUCAAGCGUCACUCCGCUCAUCUACCAGCGCGCCGAGUCGGAUUGCUGAAAGCAGGGUUGUGCAGGCCGAAAACAUGCGUAUGCAAGAGUCGAAUUUGUGACUUAGACUUGGAGAUGGCGCCAGCGCCUGAGGCUGAGCCACUGCGUUUUGCGUGUUGGUUUUGCUUUUGGACAGAGCAAGUUGCCAACUAUUCCGUAUUCGUAUUCGUGCAAGAGCGCGUUAUUUCUCUCGGGACUCGGCUCACGCGUCAAGGGCCGGUAGUCUGCGGUGUAAAGCCGUACGUCAAAAUUCUGCAUGGAAAA